AUGUCUGGCAAUCUGAACGAUCCCGUUAGGCGGACGAGGCGAGACAGUGCGAGCCUAUCGAGUCAGGCCUCCGGCGACGUCGAAGUACCUAUAAAGGAUCUGGACCACAAAGACAUAGACGCCGAUCGGGAACCUCCUUACAGUAGCGACGUCAGAUAUGAGUACCUCGAGUUCGAGACCGCUCUGCCAGCGUAUGCGACCACGCAUAUUCACGCCGAUGCUCCACAACCGCCAAAUCUCAGGAAUUACGAGUCGCCGUUCAGCUGGUCAAGCUCACGCAAGACUGUCGUUCUGAUUCUAUGCACGUUCGCCACGUUCUGUGCCGCCUACAGUGCUGGGACGUACUCCAUGGCAAAGGAGCCACUGAUGGCGAAAUGGGGCAUCGGCACAGUAGCAUUCAAUGUGGGAGUAACGACCUGGUGUCUGGGCUUUGGAAUUGCUCCCAUGUUCCUGGCACCGUUUUCGGAGAUCAAUGGACGGAAACCCGUCUUCAUCAUUUCCUGUGUUGUCUUCGUUGCUGCACAGAUUGGUUGUGCCCUAACCGACAGCUUCGCUGGCAUGCUGGUCGCACGUUUCUUCGUAGGUGGAUCUGCAUCGACAUUCUCGACCAUCAUAGGGGGUGUAUUGGCCGACAUCUAUCACAAAGAGGACCGUAAUACGCCCAUGGCUAUCUACUCGGGCGGCGCUCUCGCUGGUACAGGCAUGGGUCCAUUCCUGUCUGGCUUCAUCAUCGGUCGAGUCUCGUGGCGCUGGGUGUUCUACCAUCAAUUGUUUCUCGACGGUAUCCUCCUAGCCGCAAUGUUCUUCUUCUUGAAAGAAACUCGAGGGUCAGUCUUACUCUCGCGGCGCGCCAAGGCACUCAACACAUACUUCGAAGCACUCGAAAAGUCCGAACACUUCCCUCCACCCACAGAAAAGCCCACUUCCGACACCUACCAGCCCACCCACCUAAUCCGCUACCGCGUCCUCGCCGACGAGCAACGCUCCUCGAUCCAACGAAUGAUCUACCUCUCGACCACAACUCCGUUCAAGCUCCUCUCCACAGAACCAGUCGUCUUCUUCUUCUCGCUCUGGGCAGCCUUCGCCUGGGCCACCCUCUACCUCACGCUUCCCGCCAUUCCUCUCGUUUUCACCGCCCGCCAUAAUUUCGACGUCCAGGAGAACGGCUGCGUCUUCAUUUCCCUGACCGUCGGCGCCAUCGUUGGCGCCCUGCUGUCCAUCUACCAAGAAAAGGCCGCCCGCAAGUGGUGGCCGCACCUCCUCGAGCAACCCGAGGGCCGCCUGUACUUCGCCUGCCUAGAAAGCGCCCUCCUCCCAAUCGGCCUCUUCUGGUUCGGCGCCACCUCCUCAAGCCACAUCCACUGGAUCUCCCCCGUCAUUGCACUCGGCGUGGCGCAAGUUGGAAUCUUCAGCAUCUACCUCGCCGUCUUCAACUAUCUCGCGGAUAUGUUCAAUGGGUUGGGAUUUUUGGGAGCGAGUUGCUUGCUGGGCGGGGUGGGCGCGCUGUUGACGUUGGUGCCGUGGGUGUUGGUGUUUAAUGGGGAGAGGAUCAGGAGGAGGAGUAAGAUUGCAAGGGAGAUAAUGGAAGGGCCUGGAUGA